GAUUGAUGUAAUAAGGGACCAGAGUCUUCUUCACUUCUCUUACCGGAAAAAAAAGGUUGAUGUAAUAAUGUCCGGCGACAACCCAAUCCGAAUCGGACUGUUAAGCUGCACCAACAUAGUCCGUAAACUCUCUCGAGCCAUCAAUCUCUCUCCAAACGCAACUAUCUCCGCCUUAGCCACCACCACCACCAGCUCCAUCGAAGAAGCUAAAUCAUUUGCUGAAUCUAACAACUUCCCUCCGAACACGAAGAUCCACAGCUCCUACGAGUCGCUUCUAGAAGAUCCUGAUGUAGACGCCGUCUAUUUACCUAUUCCGGCUAGUCUCCACGUGGAGUGGGCUGUACGCGCCGCGUGGCAGGGUAAGCAUAUACUUCUUGAUAAGCCUGUUGCUUUAAACGUCUCUGAGUUUGAUCAGAUCGUGGAAGCUUGUGAGGUUAAUGGUGUUCAGUUUAUGGAUGGGACUCAGUGGAUGCAUAAUCCUAGAACUGCUAAGUUCAUGGACUUUAUAAAGGAUUUUGAGAUUAAAACUGUGCAUAGUUGUUUCUCAUUUGCAGCAAACGAAAACUUCUUAAAGCAUGAUAUUCGUGUAAAAGCUGGUCUUGAUGGGCUUGGAGCUCUUGGUGAUACUGGAUGGUACACAAUCCAAGCAGCUCUUGUUGCCAACAACUUCGAACUUCCGAAAACCGUCACUGCCUUGCCCGGUCCUGUCUUAAACGAUGCCGGAAUCGUUCUUUCUUGUGGUGCAUUGUUCGAUUGGGAAGAAGAUGGGAUUACCGCGACGAUCUACUGUUCCUUCUUGGCAAAUCUAACGAUGGAGAUAACCGCGAUCGGUGCGAAAGGUACGGUCAGUGUUCACGACUUUGUUAUCCCGUAUCGGGAAACCGAGGCUGCGUUUACUACGAGCACUAGAGGUUGUCUUAGUGAACACAAAGUCAUGACCGAGCUUCCACAAGAGGCGUGUAUGGUGAUAGAGUUUGCUCGGUUGGUUGGAGAAGUCAAAAACAGAGGAGCUAAACCGGAUGGGUUUUGGCUGAGCUUUAGCCGGAAGACGCAGCUGCUUGUUGAUGCCGUGAAAGAGUCGAUUGAUAAUAACCUUGAACCGGUUAUUCUCUCCGGACGGUAAAGAAAGAGCUCAGAUCAUAUGAUUCAACGAACAAGUGGCAUCAAGAUGCGUUUGAGAAGAUUUUCCUGCAUUAUAGUGGCCCGUAAGGAAAUUGCUUCAGAUAUGGAAGGUAUAAUAACUAAAAGGAUCUCCAAGGUGAUUCUCGAUAUGCAGAGUGCAACAGAUGAUGGUUGAUGGCGACAAAUAUACACAUCCCCUGCAAGAAAGACAAAGGGAGAUGUGGGAAACAUUUCCUAGCAAACGAUCUUGUGGGGUUUGAGGAGAAUGUUAAGAUAUUAGUUGGCUAUUAAUUUGGUGGAGGUAUAAAUUCAGAUUUCUAUAUUUAUGAAAUCUAUAUCUCCCAAAGAUCACUUUAUUAGAGAAGAAGAAUACACUAAUCUUGAUCCAUUGCUUGAUUAUGCUUGAUGAUGGAUCCAAGUCUUCAGCAAUUGAUUUGUUUCUUCCCUUA